CGCACGCAGCCAAGGGCAGGCGGCGGCAGCUUUGCACAUAAAGCCACCCUUCGGCUUCCGCAUCAACCUCAAAGGGACACACGGAAGACACCGCCGUUGUGCCAAGUACUCACGCAGUCUAUACCAAUCAACAACUGAGUUGUCAUUCCCGAACCCCCUCGGCGUAUUCCGUUGGUCCAACUCCGUCAGGAUGAUCCGGAAGCAGAGCCGUAUCUACGGCGGCAGGCUGAUUGCCACGAUCACGCUGGUGGAUGCGAUCUCUUCGUGCUGGUUCGGCUAUUGCCAGGGCGUGUUCGCCGGCGUGCUUGUCUCCGACGACUUCAAACAAAGCUUUCCCCAGACCCUUGACCCGAACGUGUCGGGGAUCACCGCGAGCUGCUUUUUUUUCGGCGCCUUCGCCGGGUCGCUGGUGGCCUUCGUCUUGGGCGACAAGCUCGGCCGGAAGCGGACGAUUGCCCUCGGUUUGAUGUGCAGCUUCGUCGGCGUCAUCCUCCAGUUCCUGGCCUGGCACAUGCCGCAGAUGAUCCUCGGCCGGCUGGUCAACGGGAUCGGCAUAGGGCUGACCUCGACGAUGACGCCCGUUUACCUCUCCGAGUGCGCAAAGCCGCAUCAGCGCGGCAAGCUUGUCGGUAUCGGCGCCUCUGCCAACGUCACCACCUUCUCGUUGGCGAACUGGAUUAGCUACGCCCUGUAUUUCCGCGACGGACCGUUGCAAUGGCGCUUCCCCCUCGCGUUCCAGCUGAUAUUCCCUUUCCUGGUAACCCCUCUCCUGUUCUGUGUGCCUGAAACCCCACGAUGGCUGCUGCUAGUGGGCAGGGAGGAGCAAGCGCUAGAGGUGCUGUCCCUGCUGGCCGGGAAAGACAUUCCGAUCGACGACUCGACGGUGGUGAGCGAGUUCCGCUCGAUCAAAUCGGCCAUUGAGCUCGAGAGAGAAGACCGCACACCCCUUUGGGACGUCCUCUGCUUCCGAGACAAGACUCACAACUUCCGCCGUCUGAUAUUGUCGUGCGGGACACAGUUCAUGCAACAGUUCAGCGGGAUUAACGCUUUGGGCUUCUACCUCCCAACAUUGUUGAAUGAGAAUGUCGGAUUCAACCAGGAGAUGAGCAGGCUGAUAGCGGCCAUAAACGGGACGAUCUACUUCGUAUCCGCAUUCGGAAGCUUGGUCAUUAUCGAUCGCUUCGGCCGGCGAAAGAUGAUGCUGUCCGGGACCACUGCGAUGGGCGCUUGCCACUUGAUAGCGUCCCUGUGCCUGAGACAAGGUGAAAUAGACGCUUCGCAGAGGAAGAUGAUGGGCAACGUCGCGACGGCAAUGUUUAUCGUAUACCACGUCUUCUUCGGCACGUGUUGGGCGAGUACGCCGUGGGUCUACAGCGCCGAGAUCAACUCUCUUGGAUGGAGGACUCGCGGGGCCGCUGCUGCGACUGCGAUGAACUGGAUGGGUGGCUUCGCGGUGACGCAGUUUACCAAAGUCGGUAUCGACAACCUACAGUGGGCCUUUUUCUUGAUAGUAUUCGCCGUCAUGAGCUUCUUCUUUUUCCCCGUUGUCCUCCUGUUCUACCCCGAGACUUCAAACAGGACACUGGAGGAUAUGGAUCAUAUGUUCAUACAAAACCCAUCCGUCUUCGUCUUUGGAAAGGCGGAGAUGACGCAGCGACAGCGGCCGAUGAGUUUCAUUGACGCGGAGAGCGAGCGCAUAGGGAGCGCAUAGAGAGGGUAUGAUCGUAAGCGGGGUAUAGACGGCUCGGGAGUAAAGAAGGACAACUAGCCAGUUGUCACUCGAAGACGGCCGUUGGUGAGUCAAAAGGGAGGCUCGGCUGGGCUACCGACGUGGACCACCCUCGGAUGUCAUAUUCGCAGGUGUCCAAGGCCAUGUGGCCGCUAGGUCGAAGUUUCUAGAAGAGAUAGUAACUGAGCCACGAGGACAUGUUGAAUAUUUAUGAGGUCCACGCGCUCUUAUAUGCUCCGUUCACAUACCCAGUGAGGAAAUCGGCUGUCC